AUGAAAAUUUGGAUCAAUUUCCACCGCUUGGCCUCCCGAGCGCUUCACGGCCAAUACGGAAAGAUUCAUGAUGAAGAGCGCCUCAAAACAGAGUCAGGACUUCGGCGGAGACAGCGGCGCACAAAUCGAUGGGUCGCAUGGCCAAGCAGGGAGACAGUUUUCCUCUUCUUGUUGUGGACUGAUGCAUCGGCUCGGGAUUUCCUUACCAAUCACUACCCAUGGUUCGUGGAGACCUGGGACAACUACGCUUUCCCUAUCCAGCGAGCCGACUCAAUCCGCUAUUUUGUUUUGCAUCACUAUGGUGGUAUCUACCUCGACAUGGAUACCUGGUGCAACGAAACUCUGCCCCUUCACAAACUCGGAUCAGGCAUAGCAAAACAUUAUGCACUUUUUAAAUCCACCCAUCCAACGGGUGUCACAAAUGACCUCUUGGUCACCUCUGCGAACCAUCCCGCCUACUCAGCGGCGAUUGCCCAAUUACCCGUGUUCCACGCUAUCACCCGAGUCUGGGCCCGAUGGCAGCCACACUGCGCUAUCAUGAUCUCCGCCGGUCCUAUGUUCCUGACGAUGGUGCUGAAGGAAUACCUACUCAAGCAACCCUCGUUACCCUCGCCGACAGUUGGGGUCAUCAACGCAACCGAAUUAGCACCAUACAUUACUGACCUCGAAAGUAGCACUUGGCAUCGAGCGGAUGCGAAGGUGUUUAUGUGGAUUGGGGAUCGACCGUGGACGUGGUUCAGCAUGGGGGCAAUAGGGCUUGCCGCUGGUCUAUUUAUUUUCAAUCGCGGGCUCAUUUUCCUUUGUGAUGUUCUUCACAAGACUCUCGGUAAUCCUGGCUCCAAAGUUUUCAAAGCAGCAUGA